AUGCAACCAGGGAUUUCGUGUUCGACGACGAGCAUCUGGGCUCUCUGGCAGCGUGGCAUCAGAAUGGUUUGCCACAGCACGGAAAGCGCACAAUACAGGUUCCGUAUGUCUUCCACGCAUCAGAAUGGUUUGCCACAGCACGGAAAGCGCACAAUACAGGUUCCGUAUGUCUUCCACGCACCGGCAUCAGGCAUCAACGAGCGUGGCGUGCAUCAAGUGCUGUGGUACGAGCGUCGUGUCGAAGACCUUCGUAGCCAAGAAGAAAAGUCGGAAGGCUAUCGAUUGCUACUCAGAUUCGGGGCUGUUGACUACCACGCCAAAGUUUGGCUCAAUGGCCAAUAUGUUGGGGAGCAUCAAGGUGGCCAUGUACCUUUCGAUCUCGACCUCACAGAAGCCACCCUCCUGAGUGGGCUGCCACUACGUCUGACUAUACGGGUUUUCGAUUCAGCGUUUCAUCUAACGCAGCCGCGCGGCAAACAGUACUGGGGACCUCAACCCGAAAGUAUCUUCUAUACCCCAUCCAGUGGUGUUUGGCAGUCUGUUUCGCUAGAGGCCGUGCCUCCUGCUCGCAUUGUGGAUGGUAGCUAUGGCACAAUCUUACGAUCUACGAACAUCGAGCGAGGCAUCUUAGACGCGCGGGUCUGUGUCUCUGGCAGGCGAGUUGGUCAGCCGUUAACGAUCGAAGUGCAGACGAGUAUUGGAGGCGUGAUCGUCGGUACUGGACGAGGCGAACUUCCUCGUGACGAAGACUUCAUACGCCUCUCUGACGUAAAUACUCGCCUGACCCAGCAGCAUACGCAGAUGCUGCCUCCAGAGUUCCUGAGUGCCGCACCUCAAAAUGAUAGUCGCUGUUGGCGAGAUGGUGUAGCAUUGUGGUCGCCAGAAUGUCCCUUUCUAUAUGACGUGACACUCCGUCUCCUUGGGGCCGGAGACGGCCUACUGGAUGAAGUCAAGACGACCAUUGGGAUGAGGUCACUGGAUUGGACUACCGGCGAUGGAACUUUCAGACUGAACGGACGUCCCCACUUCCAAGCCCUUUUCCUCGACCAAGGUUAUUGGCCCAAUACCCUCAUGACUCCGCCGUCUUCGGCUGCUCUUAAACGUGACAUCGAGUUGUCGAAGGCAAUGGGGAUGGAUGGCUGUCGCAAACAUCAGAAGGUUGAAGAUCCCAUCUUUAUGUACUGGGCCGAUCGCCUGGGCUUCCUGGUCUGGGGUGAGAUGGCAAGCUGCUACCACUUCAGCGUCGAGUACAUGAAGCGCUUCGACCAAGAGUGGAUGGAGAUGGUCAAGCGCGAUAUCAACCAUCCUUCGAUUGUUACAUGGACCCCAGUCAACGAAAGCUGGGGCUACACAGACCUUGGCGGCGACAAACGACAAAGAGAUCACAUCCGCUCGUUGUAUUACAUGACCAAGACCUACGACCCUACACGACCUAUCAACGACAACUGCGGCUGGGAGCACGUGUUGACUGACAUCAGCUCGUUUCACGACUAUGCAGAUGGCAAUGGCAUGGCAGAACGAUCUCGGUCGCUCAAGGAGAUUAUCGGUAGAGGACGUCCAAUGUUCCUUGGUCCAAUAUAUGGCAAGAACGGUAUCGAAGAUGAAGGCUCGCGCCAUGUCCAAGGCGCCCCAGUUAUGUGUACAGAAUUUGGCGGUGUCAACAUUGCCAAGUCGAACGAUGAUUCCAGGAAGGGGAAUUGGGGCUCUACCACUGCCAGCGACGCUCAAGAUCUCCUCAAGCGUGUUGAAGGACUCGUCAUGGGUACAGUGAAAGAAGGCCAUGUCUGUGGAAUUGUGUGGACGCAGUUCACAGAUAUUGAGCAGGAACAGAAUGGCCUGUACUCCUAUGACCGCCAGGAGAAGUUGCCGGCGAGAGACGUCAAGGCGGUCAUGGAGAAAGCUGCGCAAGCGUAUCUCAGCAAGAGGCAUGGGAGAUAG